AAGUUCAGUUUUUACGAGAAGAGUUUUUUUUUUCCUCCUCAAUUCAUUUAUUUAUUUAAUGAUCAUCGCUUCGCCUAAAUCUCUGUUUCUUCUUCUCAUAGCGCGUUCAACGCAAACAAAAACAAUAAAUAAUUAAAAAAAAAUCAAAUUCCGAGACGCACUAAAAUAUUCUAGGGUUUAAUUACGUUCCCCCUUGUUAUCACUGUUUAAUUUCCAUCGACCCUCGAUUUCUUCUUCAAACUACUGUCUCGGUAAGGGUCACUGCAAUGCAUCGAGUGCCCAGUACUGGGAACAAUUCUAAUUCUAGCCGACCACGUAAAGAAAAGAGGCUGACAUAUGUAUUGAAUGAUUCUGAUGACACAAAGCAUUCUGCUGGCAUAAAUUGUUUGGCUGUGCUAGAGUCAUCUGUCUCUGAUGGGUUUAACUAUCUCUUCACUGGAAGCCGUGAUGGCACGCUUAAGAGAUGGGCACUGGGAGAAGAUGCUGCCACUUGCUCUGCUACAUUUGAGUCACAUGUUGAUUGGAUAAAUGAUACUGUAAUUGCUGGUGAAAAUACUCUUGUUUCCUGCUCAUCAGACACCACAUUGAAGACAUGGAAUUGCUUGUCUGAUGGGACUUGUACCAGGACACUUCGUCAACACUCAGACUAUGUUACAUGUCUAGCUGCAGCUGAAAAAAAUAAAAAUGUGGUUGCCUCUGGGGGUCUUGGGGGGGAGGUUUUCGUAUGGGAUAUUGAAGCUGCAGUCACUCCAGUCUCAAAGUCUAGUGAUUUAAUGGAAGAUGAUUGUUCCAAUGGUAUCAAUGGUUCUGCAAAUUCAUUACCUAUAUCAAGUUUGCAAACAAUUUGCUCAAAUAACGGUCUUACUGCCCACACAACUCAAUGUCAUGGAUAUGUCCCCAUUGCUGCCAAAGGCCAUAAAGAGUCAGUCUAUGCAUUAGCUAUGAAUGAUAGUGGAUCCCUUCUUGUAUCUGGUGGAACUGAGAAGUUGUCUUUUAGUGAAUUCUUUUAUUUGUUUCUAUCCAUGUUCUUAUGUUCUGUAUUUAUUAUAUUGGUGAAAAGUUUGAUAGACAUUUUGUAUUCUCCCAGGUACUGUUUAUCUGGGUCCUCUGAUUCCAUGAUCAGACUAUGGGAUCUUGGUCAGCAGCGUUGCGUGCAUUCGUAUGCUGUGCAUACAGAUUCUGUUUGGGCACUUGCAAGCACCCCGACAUUUACUCAUGUUUAUAGUGGUGGUAGAGAUCUUUCUUUAUAUUUGACAGACUUGACAACAAGAGAGAGUCUUUUGCUUUGCAAAAAGGAACACCCAAUUUUGCAGUUGGCAUUGCAUGAUGAUAGUAUAUGGGUUGCAACGACAGAUUCUUCAGUUCAUAGAUGGCCUGCUGAAGGACGAAAUCCUCAGAAGGUCUUUCAAAGAGGUGGUUCGUUCUUGGCUGGAAACUUGUCUUUUUCAAGGGCAAGAAUUUCCUUAGAAGGGUCUACCCCUGCUGCAGUUUAUAAAGAACCAAUCUUUUCCAUUCCUGGAACUCCAGCAAUAGUUCAGCAUGAAAUUUUAAAUAACAGAAGGCAUGUAUUGACUAAGGAUACUGCUGGUUCAGUAAAGCUCUGGGAGAUAACCAGGGGUGUUGUGAUCGAGGACUAUGGACAGGUUUCAUUUGACGAGAAAAAAGAGCAGUUGUUUGAGAUGGUAAGCAUUCCGGCAUGGUUCACUGUGGAUACCCAUCUCGGAAGCGUGUCUGUUCAUUUAGACACACCCCAAUGCUUUUCUGCGGAGAUGUAUUCUGCUGAUCUAAACAUAGCUGGCAAGCCUGAGGAUGAUAAGGUUAAUCUAGCUCGUGAAACCCUUAAAGGUCUGUUGGCUCAUUGGAUGACCAAAAGUAGGCAAAGACUUGGUUCCCAGGCUUCAGCUAAUGGAGAUGUUUUAUCAGGAAAAGAUAGUACUGCAAGAAGUCUUGCUCAUUCAAGAAUUGAGGUAGAUGGAAAUGCUGAAAAUGACUCCGUGGUCCAUACUCCUUUUGAGUUUUCCAUAUGUUCCCCUCCGUCAAUUAUCACUGAGGGUUCCCCAGGAGGUCCUUGGAGAAAGAAAAUUACUGAAUUGGAUGGAACUGAGGAUGAGAAGGACUUCCCUUGGUGGGUUUUGGAUUGUGUUUUAAACAAUCGGCUACCACCACGAGAAAACACCAAGUGCAGCUUCUACCUUCAUCCAUGUGAAGGUACUGCUGUUCAGAUCCUCACUCAAGGGAAGUUAAGUGCACCUCGUAUUUUGAGAAUACAUAAGGUUGUUAAUUAUGUCAUAGAAAAGAUGGUGCUUGGGAAACCAAUUGAUACUGCAAAUACUGGUGGGUCAUUUGCUCCUGGGCUUGGAGGACAAUUGCAGCAUUCAGCUAUUGGAGAUGGAUCUUUUCGAUCUGGAUUGAAGCCUAGGCCAAAGCUCCGGCCUUCUGUUGAGAUUGUAUGCAAUAAUCAGGUCUUAUCUCCAGACAUGAGCUUAGCUACUGUGCGGGCUUACAUCUGGAAGAAACCUGAAGACUUGGUCCUUAAUUAUAGAGUGGUUCAGGGCAGAUGACCUUAUCGACUUCUGGGAGCAGGUUUGUAUCGGAGUCAUACUGUUGUGAAGUGUUUGGAAUUGUAUUUUGUUCAUCCUAGGUUGCCCAUAAUAUGUUGGAUCCUUGUAUAUUGGAAAGAAGAUGAGUGGUUUUCAAGCUGGAGGCAUUCGCCUGACUUCAUCAAGACGAUCAUCUUUAAUGUUUUCAAAGUCAAUCAGAUGCUAUCGUAAAGUUUUGGUCUUUGUGUAGUGCAUGCUUUCACCAUACAUCCGAGAAAAGUCCGUACGGUCGAAAUGCAAGCGGCAGAACAAUUUGUAAACUCCGGGGGACAAUCAGCUCAAGGUAAAGUUAGUGCAAGGAAAGCUCUGUAGAUUUGUAUUGUGGGGGAGAUAUUAUAGAAACUAUUGUUACCAAGUGUGUUUCUUUUCUUUUUCUUUUUG